AUGACAGAGAACAACCCUGAUGUGAUGAACCAGCUGGCAGCAACGCUGGGUAUAUCGUCCGAUCUCGAAUUCUACGACGUCUACUCUCUCGAUGAUCCUGAGCUCCUCGCUCAUAUUCCCCGGCCUGCGCUGGCUCUGCUGGUCAUCAUCCCACUGACGCCAGCCUGGGAUCAGAGUCGCCAGGCCGAAGACGCCGACAAGGAAGACUACACCGGCUCCGGCCCCGACGAGCCGGUUAUCUGGUUCAAGCAGACCAUCGGUCAUGCGUGCGGCUCGAUUGGCCUGCUGCACAGCCUCAUCAACGGUCCAGCCAUGGACUUCAUCAAACCUGGAUCGGAUCUCGCGGACAUCAGAAGCCGUGCCAUACCGCUCAACAUGGCUAGCCGUGCCGAUUUGCUGUAUAACAGCGACCCGUUUGAGCGUGCUCACAAGUCGGUCGAGCAGGCCGGCGACAGCCAGGCUGAUUUGACGGGCGAGGUCGAGGGAGGCCAUUUUGUUAGCUUUGUCAAGACGAGUGGGAAGCUCUGGGAGCUAGAAGGAUCGAGAAAGGGCCCUCUGGACAGAGGCAGUCUCGCUGAUGACGAGGAUGUCCUCAGUCCACGAGCACUGGACAACGGCAUCAAGAGGAUCAUCCAGUUGAAUGCGGAUGGAGGCGGGCACAACCUCAGUUUUAGCUGCAUCGCUUUGGCUCGCAAGUCGUAG